AUGUUAGAAGGUCCCAUUCCAGAUGGAUUUGGGAAAGUAAUGAACUCUCUUGAAGUUCUUGACCUCUCCGGUAACAAACUGCAAGGCGAGAUUCCAUCUUUCUUUGGUAACAUGUGUGCAUUGCAGAGUUUAUACCUCUCAAAUAACAAGUUGAAAGGGGAAAUUUCUAGCUUCUUCCAAAAUUCUUCAUGGUGCAACAGAUACAUAUUUAAGAGCUUAGAACUCGUUGUCUCUGAAAUUGGUCCCAAGCGACCCAUCAAGCCCAACAGAAGCGAACCCGACGCCGUUUUCCAAUACCCCGUCGCAGCCGCUUCUGUCAACAAUAUACCUGAGCUUCACAAGUUUCAAUCCCUUCAAUCUCCCUCUCAUGCUAUAAUUUCAUCGGCGGGGUUUGUGGAUGCACAGGAUGAGUUUGUGGAGACGCAGUACUAUAAAGAAUUGGCAUCCAUUGACAAACAACAUCACACGACAGUGAGUGGGUUCAUAAAGGCAGCGAGAGAAGGAGGGGAAGGUGAAUAUGAGAUUCAGUUGCCCAAUAAUCAUGUUAAUGCUGCUGAAACCCAACCCAGGUCCUAUAAAAGCAACCCUGCCACUAACGAUUGGGUUCCUAACUCUGAUGAACAUCAGGUUUUUGUCUCCUCCAAGCCAAAUAGGAGCGAGAGUACUUGAAGAUAUGCUAGGUGAAAAAUUGGAAAUGGGUUAUCUUGUACCAGCUUUUUCUUAUUACUGUUUAUGUCUA